AUGCUCCGCCGUAUGGUGCUGGAAUGCAGUCGCCUCUCCGAAGCGCUGACUUCCAUCUAUCAGUUUCCGCGACAUGCCUCAAACAACCUCACGCUAGCCACGGCGGAGGGAUAUGGCUUGUGUCUGGAGAUCACCCCGAGCAGGGUGUACAAGGUGUACGGCAACCUUGACGAUGGGUACCUGAUCCAUACAAACCACUUCAUGGACAACGCAUUCCUCUCUCGUGACGACGUCGCGGAUCGAUAUCCGGGCGGGGCUCACCAAGGCGUUUUCGGACCACUUGAGCUACCCGGAGGCUUUGUGCUGCCAGAAAGGUUCACUUUCUACGCCGUUACUGCUCCCUGGCUUGAUCAAUAUACGAACGUCAAACCCCGUCUUCUCCGGACUAGAAAUGGCAGCUACUCCAUCGGACAGAGGACAGUAACUAUACAGUACACCUGCAACGUCUUUUACUGGUAUGAUAUUCCUCUGUUCAGCCGUUCCCAACUUGUUCAUAUGAUUGACAAACCAUACUACAAACCUAGGGCAACCAACAUUGCCGGUUUAUCAAUCUUUGCUUCAACCUUCCUCGAGAGAAAGGUCAGCUUCUGGGCUGCCUAUCUGCUUUCCUUGUGUGCUCUUCUCCUGGCACUUGUUAUCCUCGUGCUUUGGGGGAAAGAACUAGUUAAAGUCCCACCCCAAGGCAACAUCCUCCCCCAAGUAGGCAAAUGCCUCGCCCACGGAGCCCACAACGGCUGUCAUCUAGACUCAGUCCGACCAGCAUACCAACUCGAGUACUUCAACCGCCAAGUGUCCUAG